UGUUUUAUUUCAGUAUUUUGAAAAUUGUGUUGAAUUUCUCAGUAAUACGUUCACCUGGCUCAGUAAUCCAAUGCCAUCAAAAAUAUAAAAGUAGAAAAAAAUCCAUACAAGGAAAGAGUCUUGUUUUCAUUUUUCUCCUCUUUCUUCCCAGUUUCCACUCCCUCUGCCCCAGGGUAAUCAAUCUUGUGAGUUUCCCAUAUUUCCUUCCAGAUCUGUUUUCAAAAUGCAUGCGAGUAUGAAAUCCCAUGUCCUUAAUCUCUUCAAAAAGGGUACUCCUUUUAAGAGCUCUGCUUUUUCUGAAGUCUUGGCAGAAACAGAUACUCAGCACCCAGCUUUGGUGACCUCAGAGGGUGGCUUGAAGUGACCAGAGGGGAAGAUGGCCCUACCUGCUAGCACUGGUUUAUAGGAAUAUUCUGGGUCCCCCAAAGACAGUCUGUGGCUCUGGUAUCUCCUCCAGGCAGAUUCUCAAACUCCCCUGAGUUUCUCUGGAACUGUCUGCAGCCACACCCCCUGAUGCAAUAUGUGGGUUUGUACCUGGCAAGAGGAGGGUGCAGCAGAGCCCGCCCCUUCUGAGCUGUCUGGGCCAGCUUCUGUUCCCAGAACAGUUCAGGUUUCUCUGGGACUCAGACCUGGGCUUCGACACGUAUAUUCUGAAACCAGAUGGCUGAGAUGAACAGAACACUUCAUCGUGGGAGGACGUGAUGUUUCGGGUCAAACUGGGUCUGCUGAACAGACUUACCGUGGUUCCAGAAGACGUUUGGACAAGUCUCAUCAUGUGGUUCUUCUGUGCCUUGAUUCCAUGUUUGCUUGCAGAUGGAGCGUUUGUUCUGCCCGCCCCUUCGAACCUGUCUGUGCACUCAACCAACAUGAAGCAUCUCUUGAUCUGGAGUCCUGUGACCUUUCCAGGAGAAACCGUGUACUAUUCUGUCCAGUACCAGGGGGAGUAUGAGAGCCUGUACAUGAGCCAUGUCUGGAUUCCCAGCAGCCGGUGCUCCCUCACCGAAAGCCCCCAGUGUGACGUCACUGACGACAUCACCGCCACUGUGCCGUACAGCCUCCGUGUCAGGGCCACACUGGGUUCGCAGACCUCAGCCUGGAGCACCCUGAAGCACCCCUUCAGUCGAAACUCAACCAUCCUCGCGUGCCCUGUGGUGCAGCUCUCCAAGGACGGCUUGCAGCUGGUCAUUGAGCUGGAGGACCUGGGGCCGCAUUUUGAGUUCCUUGUCACCUACUGGAAGAGAGAAGCUGGUGCUGAGGUACACACCAAAGUCCUGAGGAGUGAAGGCGUCCCGGUGCACCUGACCGCCAUGGAGCCGGGAGCCACAUACUGCGUGAAGGCCCGGACCUACGUGAAGGCCAUCAGGAAGCACAGUGCCUUCAGCCAGCCAGAAUGCAUUGCGGUGCAAGGAGAGGCUGCCCCGCUGGUGCUGGCCCUGUUUGCAUUCCUGGGCUGCAUGCUGAUCCUUGUGGUGGCGCCGCUCUCCAUCUGGAAAAUAGGCCGGCUGCUCCAGUACUCCUGCUGCCCUGAGGUCGUCCUUCCUGAUACCUUGAAAAUAACCAGCUCGCCCCAGAAGUUAAUCACCUGCCGAAGGGAAAAGGUGGAAGCCUGUGCCACGGUGCUUCUGUCUUCCAAGGAGCGCUUCAGGGCCUGGCUCUAGCAGCCUCGGGCUGGAGCCGGGGAGCCGAGAGCCAGGGCCAUGCCACAAGGGAGCUGUGAUGGGGAGGCUGCCGUCCAGUUACCCAGGGAAGCCUGCUGUGUCCACGCCUAAAA